CGCUGGGCAUUCGUUUCAUCAUGCCCAGAAUGGUAAGAGUCGCCAAACAUGAUGGUGUUUUCCACGGUUCUUGUUUCAGAUGGCCGAUAGUCAGCCGCCAGGUCGUUCAUUCGCCGAUGCUUUGGGGAAUAUGUCCUCGGCACACUUCAUGACGAUGGUAGGUCCUCACCCUUAUAGAGACGGUUGUCCAUCCGCAUUGGCGCCUGUGGUCUGAGAUCUUCUUCCUCAUGUACAUGCUCCGGUUUGUGUGCUCUUGAUCUUUCUUUUUGGCACGGCCUGCGACGAAUCUCCUUUUGUGCUUCAUUGUUUCUUUUGUAAUCAUCAUUCCGCGGAGCUGGCCUCUGCUUCGAGCGCUGCACGAAAACUCACACAUAGUGUUUAUUGUUAAUAAUCGUGCUUCAUCUUCUCGGCGCUGGACGCCUUUUCAAGCACUCGAAAUCAUGGCAAACCGGACCACCACACCUCCUACGCUCAGCACAGCUUACGAUCUGGAGAACUUCCACUGCCCCGGUGGCAGCGCAAGUACAGCUUCAACAUCGUCUUAUUACUACAAUAGCUGGUCGCCUCAAACGGACAACACUCUAGCCACUACGCCUCCAAAAUCGCCUGGAAACAAUCUGGUUGACUCUCAGGCUCAAUGGUCGCUCUCGAAGCCAUUCGAUUACAGCCAAAUGAAUGGUUAUGUUGGACGGACCUCGGCGGCCAACCACCCUGGCCAUAGCCGUACGAUCUCUUGUCCAAGCAAUAUCCUCCCGCUUCAAUAUGGAAGCGAAUAUUUACCUCGUUCGGCGCUUGAUUAUCGAUCGGUCACACCGCCGGACGCCCACUCUGAAUACACCUAUGUCCCACAGCAGCUUCAUUACGAUAUGAAGCCGAUUGUCCCGACCGCUGCAAACCAACCAAGAGUUUUGCAAGCCUCAUCGCAACCCGUGCCAAGCGCUCGUGGCCACUCCCGAACUGGAUCCUCUGGAAGUGUCAACGCCGAACAGCUCAUGCGCCACGGAUUUCCGUAUCGUGCCGGUCCAGCUUUCCAGCCAGUCGGCAUGACUCUCCCGCCGAUUCCAAACGCCCUGAGUCACCUCGCUCCGAUUAUGAUGACAGGCGGACAGAUGCCAUCAUACAAGGACAAUCGCAGGAAUGUAACUCCUCCAGCCAGUAGAAGUCGCAUUAUCGCGACGACCGAUCCCAGCAUCGAUUCCGAAGUGCCAACUUCGACCGUUCUCAAGUAUCUGACUUCCUCAAAUCCAAUGCCCUCUCUGGUCAAACGUCUGCCAGAGCCUGGACACGACAGAAACGCACACUUCUGGUUUGACAUCCGAAACGUCAAACCGUGGGAAGAUUUCAAUGUGGACACGAUGAAAGCGGUUCCACAUCUGCUCGACCUUCUCGAAUUUCCUAUUCCUACGAGCAAAUUACCAAGCCCAGUCCGCCUAAACCAAACGCCAGAUAGUCUCCGCCAGCUAACAGACAUCUGUGCGCAACACCAUGCAGUCAAAGUCAACGCUGCGCUCAAAAUCACCCAGGGCGCCACCAAACACAUCACAAUUCGGACCUUGGCAGCCGCGACCGCUGCCAUGGCUCCUCGACAACAACCCGAAUUCGUCGCCAACUACCAAUCCGAUGACGACAAGAUCAUCUCCGGCAACGGCACCGGCCGAGUCGUCGGCAUCGUCAAAGGCUUCGAGCAGUGGAGCUCCAGCAUGCAAGGCGGCACUCCCACCGAACGCGUGAAAUAUCUCCGCCACCUCUCUCAUCUCCACGGCUUCAUGCGCGAGCACGGCACCCGCUACGGCUUCAUCAUGACCGAAGUCGAACUCGUCUGCGUGCGGGCCGGCGGCCCUCCAGCCGCCGACAACGUGCCUCUCUUCGGCUACCUCGAAGUCUCCCCGACGAUCCAGGUGAGCACGCAGGGCAGCGACGCGAGCGGGAAACUCCGCAUGACGGUCGGCCUUGCGCUGUGGUACCUCCACAUGUUGGCGAAGGAGCAGCCGUUCGUGGGCCAGUACCACUGGCGCAUGGACGCGGGCGCGCCGGCGGCGUUGACGCGCAAACGGCACCUCGCCCGCGAUGUCGGAUUUCCGAAACCUUGCUUGCCGGAGAAACGCGAGGCGAAGCGCGUGCGUGGAUGGGUGUGGCCGGAGGAGCCGUUGUCGAAACGGGAGGUGGGCAAGAAGCCGCGCGCCAGGAGCGGGCGGUCGUGAAUUCCGCACAGGCUUUUUCGUGUACAGUUUGGUGUUCAGCAAGCGAAAUUGAUUACUUGACAUUUUCGAAAGCUUAUAGAUUGGAAUAGUCCCACAACGGACAUGGGGAUGCGCGAGAACAGUACGCCUUGGCAUGAUAGAACUGAGAUAUCCCAUUUGAAUUUUCCUUUUUGGAUUUUAUCCUUUGAA